UUAACCUAAAAAAUUUAACAGCUAAUUGGAAAUUUGAUUUGUAAUGUAUUGAUAAAAGUAAAACUGUUACAUCAUGCUACUGUUUAACUACGGAUUCGAAAAAAGUUCCUCGUUUUCCAAAUGUCUGGUGUUUUUGACGUAAUUUAUGGGAUAGUAAUGAUCACAAUAAGCUUCUUUAUCAUACAAGGUAUUAAUUUUUAAGAUGUGGUUUGCAUUCAUAAAAAUAGAAGAGAUUUACAGUCCUAAACAAUUACAGUUUCAAAAUGAAUGUUUACUCACUGAUAACGAAUCAUUAUCUUUCAAAGUCAUUAAAAUAUAUAAAAUAUGUCAACAACAUUCACACAAAGAAGUUCAUAUUCAAGAAGCCAAACAGUAACAUGGCAGAAAAAAUUAACAAAGAGAGCACCUAUAUAGCCGUGCAUGUGCCUGAAAAUGCAAAUCACGCAACAAGAAGAGGUUUUUUGAAAUUAAUCAAAAGAAAUUUCUCGACGACCAAGAACGUAAAAGAAUCAAAAGGCCCAAGUACAUCGGAAUUGAAGAGAUUGUUCUCGCUGGCAAAACCAGAAAAAGCAAAACUGCUCUGUGCCAUCGGCUUUUUAUUAGUAUCCAGUACUGUGACAAUGGUUAUACCGUUUAGUUUAGGAAAAGUGUUGGACAUUAUUUAUGUUAACCAAGAUUCAAAUGAAACGAAAGCGCGACUCAACAAAGUAGCUGGAGUCCUCCUGUGUAUUUUCGUGUUAGGAGCCAUUUGUAAUUUCGGAAGGAUUUAUUUUAUGUCGACAGCAGGAUACAGAAUGACGAAUGCCCUUAGAACAAAAGUUUUUAAUUCGAUAUUGAAACAGGAACAAGGCUGGUUCGAUAAGAGACCAACGGGCGAAUUGAUUAACCGCCUAUCCGCUGACACACAAAUCGUCGGAACGGCUCUAUCAAUGAAUAUCUCCGAUGGAUUGCGUUCUCUAGUCAUGGUGUGCGCCGGCACCGGGAUGAUGUUUUACAUGUCUGCUGAAUUAGCCCUUGUAGGUCUUGCCAUAGUUCCACCUAUUGCAGGUAUAGCAGUAGUUUACGGACGAUUCGUUCGUAAUAUUUCCAGACAGUUACAAGACUCCCUAGCUGAAUCUACAAAAGUUGCGGAAGAGCGAAUAUCAAACGUACGUACAGUUAAAAUGUUUGCCCAAGAACCUAGAGAGAUGGAUAGUUACAGUAAUUCAAUUAAAGAUGUUCUGAAAUUAUGCUACAGAGAAGCCAAGGCGAGAGCAUUCUUUUACGCCAUGACGGGUUUUAGCGGGCAUAUAAUAAUAAUAUCUGUGCUUUACUACGGUGGGGUAAUGGUAACUUCACACACUUUAACUGUAGGACACCUGUCGUCGUUUUUACUUUACGCCGCUUAUAUAGGCAUAUCGGUGGGUGGGUUGUCAAGUUUUUAUUCCGACUUGAACAAGUCUUUGGGAGCGGCAACUAGGAUAUGGGAAAUUAUAGACAGGACGCCUCUACUUCCUAUUCAAGAAGGAUCAGUGCCGAUGUCACAUCCGGAAGGUCGUAUAGAAUUUAAAGAUACUAAGUUUAGUUAUCCGUCAAGAGCGGAUGUCGAGAUUUUCAAUAAUUUAAAUUUGGACAUUGCUCCAGGGCAAACCGUAGCGGUGGUGGGGCCUAGCGGUUCUGGAAAAAGUACCUUAGCCGCUCUGUUGCUGAGGCUAUACGAUCCAUUAGAUGGAGCCAUUUACAUUGACGGUCAGAACAUCAAAGACCUCAAUCCCGCAUGGUUAAAGAAGCAAAUCGGAACGGUGAGCCAAGAACCUAUCUUGUUUUCUUGUUCGAUUAAAGACAACAUUUUGUACGGGGCCGAUGAUCCGGAGAAGGUGACAGAAGACGAACUUAUCAGAGUUUGUAAGGAAGCAAACGUUUACGAAUUUAUCCAGCAACUACCCGACGGUUUUAACACUGUUGUUGGAGAAAGGGGGGUUAUGUUGAGCGGAGGCCAGAAGCAGAGGGUCGCCAUUGCCAGAGCCCUUAUAAAAGAUCCAAAAAUAUUGCUGCUCGACGAAGCCACUAGUGCGUUAGACGCGCAGUCCGAGUUUUUAGUCCAAGAAGCUCUUGACAGAGUAAUGAAAGGCAGGACUGUGUUAACGAUAGCCCACAGGUUGUCAACGAUACAGAAUGCCGAUCUUAUAGCCGUACUACAAAACGGACAAAUCGUAGAGAAAGGAAACUAUGAAGAGUUGUGUACCCGUGAUUCCGGGGUCUUUAGAGAUUUGAUAAAACAUCAGACUUUCAAGGAAUUUUGACAAUGUACUUAGUUAUAUUUAGAUCAAUAUUUUGUUCAAAUUUUUUUUAAUAAAUUUAUUGACGUUA